AUGGAUCGUUUCCUUGCAACCCUCAACAAACUCCAGGAUGUCUUCACCACAGCCGGAGUGUCCUCCAAGGAGAUAGACUUACCUCAGAUAGUCGUAGUAGGUUCCCAAUCUACUGGAAAGAGUUCUGUACUGGAGAACAUUGCCAAGCAGAAUUUCCUACCCCGGGGGAUGGGGAUAGUAACCAGACGACCUCUAGUCCUACAGAUGAUUCAAGCUGCCAGCAAGAAAGUUAUCUCUGGUAAAACACAUGAUACCUGGGCGCAGUUCUUACAUCAAGGAGAUAAAUUUUACACAAACAUGGACUCUAUACAAAAGGAGAUUAUUGAUGAUACAAACAAGAAAUGUGGGUCUAACAAGGGUAUCUCCAAUGAUCCAAUACACCUGAAGCUAUACUCUACCAGAAUCCCCUCUUUAACACUAGUAGAUCUCCCAGGUCUCACUAAGAUACCUGUGGGAGACCAGCCCAGGGACAUCGACCAGAGGAUUGAGAGUCUUGUUAGAUCUUACAUUGUCAAUGAGAACAGCAUAAUCCUAGCAGUGUCUGCAGGGAACGUUGAUAUUGCAAACUCAGACUCAUUGAAACUUGCAAGAGAGGUCGAUCCUACUGGAUCCCGCACAAUAGCUGUCAUAACUAAAUGUGACCUCAUGGAGAACAACGAUGAGUCAAGUGCUGUUCUAAACGGAACUUCUGUGGACGUGAAGCUGGGACUGAUCGGAGUUAUAAACAGAAACAACAAGCAGCUUACUGUGAAGACUCCUAUUGAGAAGAUCCUUGCUAUUGAAGAGAACUAUUUUCUGAGAUACUACCCUGGUAUAGCAGAUAGAAUGGAUGACACCCGUUCUUCCAAAAACUUUUCUCCACCUGGUCCACCUGUACCAUCUGUGGUAGAUGCUCCUAAGUCCAACCCUGUGAUGAGUCAUGAUAAUGGUCAUGAUGAAGCUCCUGAUAUUCUCUCCAAAGUUGAGCAUCUGAUGAGGGCAAACAACUCUGCCCUUCUGGAAUCAUUUCGUGAGGAAAUGCAUAGCAUUAUUGUCGACAAGCUUGCUCUAUGUGCUCCAGCCUCUGAACAUUUGCUGGAAGAGCAAGUUUCUAAUGUUAACAAAGAAAACUUGCAAUCCCGGUCUCCAAGUGCACUGUCCUCUUACAGCAAUUUUGCUGAAGCUCUUGUAGGUGGUGCUAGUUCUCCUCAGCCAAGUAAAGUGUCCGCUAACAUAAAUCAAAUUGGCAAGGAAAGUAAAGAGAUAUUGGUGCUAGAUAGUCCCCUUCCUUCUGCUGAUAUUUCAUCUGCUCCAGAUGUUCUAUCUGAGUUGCUCUAUGACACACGAUUGAUUGCUAUGAAAACUAGCCUACUAGAUUCACAUAAGAAGAUAACGCUAGUUUUUCCAUCUUCAUCUGAUAGGCUGAAGGCUAAAAGUCUUAUUGAAAACUCUGAUGUCAUUAAAUUACUUGGUUUUCACAUCACUCUCUCACAGAAAGCUCUCCCUAAGGUCACUGUGUCUAAUAUUCCCAGUCAGAUAUUCGAAACCAUUGAUCGCUCUGGUUUGCCCGCUGAAGAUUUCCGGUUACAGACUAAAAAAGCUCUUCUAGAUAUUAUUCCCUUGAAAAAUCCUGGACUUAAACACUUGCUAGAUAAUGAGCAUUUCUUUGAAAUUGUGUACAUAAAUGUUGGACUAAGAUUCUCAUCAAGUGUCUCCCAGAACUCCUUCCUCUGA